CCUGGUCAACAGUAGUGUCCCCUUCACCCUAUGGGCCCUGGUCAACAGUAGUGUCCCCUUCACCCUAUGGGCCCUGGUCAACAGUAGUGUCCCCUUCACCCUAUGGGCCCUGGUCAACAGUAGUGUCCCCUUCAUCCUAUGGGCCCUGGUCAAUAGUAGUGCACGACAGAGGGGAUAGGAUUCCAUUUGGGACACUGGCCUGUUGGUCAUGUAUGUGCCUCCUUUAGUAAAUGCUAAAGUAAAAAAUGUCAUAUUGUACAAGAACAACAAUUCAUAUUGAUUGUAAAUGUGUUUAUUCUGCUACCUGAGCUGGUUGUUUUGACUGUGAUGAUGAUGGUGUGUUGUCAGGUUGUUUUUCUAUUGUGUUUACGUCCGCUGUGUCCCUACUACAGUACAUGGCUCCUGUUAUAGCUGCUAGCAUUGAAUAGGGAAGUCGUUCUGCGUCUCUGUAACAAUGCCUCCCUAUUCCCUAUUAACUGCACUACUUUGGACCAGGGCCCUAUGGGUCGUGGUCAAAAGUAGUGCACUAUGUAGGGAAUAAGGUGCAUUUUGGGAUGCAUCCUCAAUCUGUGCUGCUCCACAGAGGUCAGAGGUCAGAUGCUUGUUGGGAUGCAUCCUCAAUCUGUCCUGCUUCACAAGAGGUCAGAGGUCGGGCCUGUUGGGAUGCAUCCUCAAUCUGUCCUGCUCCACAGAGGUCAGAGGCCUGCAUCCUCAAUAUGUCCUGCUCCACAGAGGUCAGAGGUCAAGGGCCUGUUGAGAUGCAUCCCCAAUCUGUCCUGCUCCACAGAGGUCAGAGGCCUGUUGGGAUGCAUCCUCAAUCUGUCCUGCUCCACAGAGGUCAGGGGCCUGUUGGGAUGCAUCCUCAAUCUGUCCUGCUCCACAGAGGUCAGGGGCCUGUUGGGAUGCAUCCUCAAUCUGUCCUGCUCCACAGAGGUCAGAGGCCUGUUGGGAUGCAUCCUCAAUCUGUCCUGCUUCACAGAGGUCAGAGGUCGGGGGCCUGUUGGGAUGCAUCCUCAAUCUGUCCUGCUCCACAGAGGUCAGAGGCCUGUUGGGAUGCAUCCUCAAUCUGUCCUGCUCCACAGAGGUCAGGGGCCUGUUGGGAUGCAUCCUCAAUCUGUCCUGCUUCACAGAGGUCAGAGGUCGGGGGCCUGUUGGGAUGCAUCCUCAAUCUGUCCUGCUCCACAGAGGUCAGAGGCUUGUUGGGAUGCAUCCUCAAUCUGUCCUGCUCCACAGAGGUCAGAGGUCAAGGGCCUGUUGAGAUGCAUCCUCAAUCUGUCCUGCUCCACAGAGGUCAGGGGCCUGUUGGGUUGAAUCCAAAAUCUGUCCUGCUCCACAGAGGUCAGAGGCCUGUUGGGAUGCAUCCUCAAUCUGUCCUACUCCACAGAGGUCAGGGGCCUGUUGGGAUGCAUCUUCAAUCUGUCCUGCUUCACAGAGGUCAGAGGUCGGGGGCCUGUUGGGAUGCAUCCUCAAUCUGUCCUGCUCCACAGAGGUCAGAGGCCUGUUGGCCUGCAUCCUCAAUCUGUCCUGCUCCACAGAGGUCAGAGGUCAAGGGACUGUUGAGAUGCAUCCUCAAUCUGUCCUGCUCCACAGAGGUCAGAGACCUGUUGGGAUGCAUGCUCAAUCUGUCCUGCUCCACAGAGGUCAAAGGCCUGUUGGGAUGCAUCCUCAAUCUGUCCUGCUUCACAGAGGUCAGAGGUCAGGGGCCUGUUGGGAUGCAUGCUCAAUCUGUCCUGCUCCACAGAGGUCAGAGGCCUGUUGGGAUGCAUCCUCAAUCUGUCCUGCUUCACAGAGGUCAGAGGUCAGAGGUCAAGGGCCUGUUGAGAUGCAUCCUCAAUCUGUCCUGCUCCACAGAGGUCAGGGGCCUGUUGGGUUGAAUCCAAAAUCUGUCCUGCUCCACAGAGGUCAGGGGCCUGUUGGGAUGCAUCUUCAAUCUGUCCUGCUUCACAGAGGUCAGAGGUCGGGGGCCUGUUGGGAUGCAUCCUCAAUCUGUCCUGCUCCACAGAGGUCAGAGGUCAAGGAACUGUUGAGAUGCAUCCUCAAUCUGUCCUGCUCCACAGAGGUCAGAGGCCUGCAUCCUCAAUCUGUCCUGCUCCACAGAGGUCAGAGGUCAAGGAACUGUUGGGAUGCAUCCUCAAUCUGUCCUGCUUCACAGAGGUCAGAGGUCAGGGGCCUGUUGGGAUGCAUCCUCAAUCUGUCCUGCUCCACAGAGGUCAGAGGUCAAGGAACUGUUGAGAUGCAUCCUCAAUCUGUCCUGCUCCACAGAGGUCAGAGACCUGUUGGGAUGCAUGCUCAAUCUGUCCUGCUCCACAGAGGUCAGAGGCCUGUUGGGAUGCAUCCUCAAUCUGUCCUGCUUCACAGAGGUCAGAGGUCAGGGGCCUGUUGGGAUGCAUCCUCAAUCUGUCCUGCUCCACAGAGGUCAGGGGCCUGUUGGGAUGAAUCCAAAAUCUGUCCUGCUCCACAGAGGUCAGAGGCCUGUUGGGAUGCAUCCUCAAUCUGUCCUACUCCACAGAGGUCAGGGGCCUGUUGGGAUGCAUCUUCAAUCUGUCCUGCUUCACAGAGGUCAGAGGUCGGGGGCCUGUUGGGAUGCAUCCUCAAUCUGUCCUGCUCCACAGAGGUCAGAGGUCGGGGGCCUGUUGGGAUGCAUCCUCAAUCUGUCCUGCUCCACAGAGGUCAGAGGCCUGCAUCCUCAAUCUGUCCUGCUCCACAGAGGUCAGAGGUCAGGGGCCUGUUGGGAUCCAUUCCAAUAGAAGUUGGUCAGUUCAGGAAAUAAACUGAAAUUCUAAUUCAAUAAUUAAAAUUAUUUCUCAAUAAACUGAAAAUGAGAAGCUAUUUAUUUGAGAAAGGUUUUCCCGUUUUAAUUAGGAAUCAGAUGGUGUUGGUGUCGGGGGGAUAGUUUUCAGAAAGGUAUUUUCUCUGUUGACGCUGUCAUCUAGAUGAUCUGCUGUGUCCAGUUUAAAUGAAUCCAUGUUACAGUGUCGACGGACCACCGAGUCACCACCUGUGCUAAUUAGAUAUCUAGCAUCCACCUGACACCUGUGCUAAUUAGAUAUCUAGCAUCCACCUGACACCUGUGCUAGUUAGAUAUCUAGCAUCCACCUGACACCUGUGCUAAUUAGAUAUCUAGCAUCCACCUGACACCUGUGCUAGUUAUAUAUCUAGCAUCCACCUGACACCUGUGUGUAAUGGAAGCAGACCGCCAGAAAACGUGUUGUCACUGAAAUAUUCUGUCGGCUGCAACUGUGAGAUAGCUGGUCAACACGGUGUUCAGCAGCGGUGUAAAGAUAUAGCUGGUCAACACGGUGUUCAGCAGCGGUGUAAAGAUAUAGCUGGUCAACACGGUGUUCAGCAGCGGUGUAAAGAUAUAGCUGGUCAACACGGUGUUCAGCAGCGGUGUAAAGAUAUAGCUGGUCAACACGGUGUUCAGCAGCGGUGUAAAAACACAUUCUCAUACUUGAAAAAGAUACUUUAAUAGAUAAUGACUCAAGUGAAAGUGAGUCACCCAGUAAAAUACUACUUGAGUAAAAGUCUUUGGUUUUAUAUAUACAUCAGUAUAAAAAGUAAACAUAAUUGCUAAAAUAUACUUACGGAUCAAAAGUAAAAGUAUAAAUAAUUUAAAGUUCUUUUUUAUUAAGCGAAGCAGAUGGCACCACAAUUUACAAACUAAGCAUGUGUGUUUAGUGAGUCCACCAGAUCAAAGGCAGUAGGGAUGACCAUGUUCUAUUGAUAAGUGUAUAAAUUAGACCAUUUUCCUGUCCUGCUAAGCAUUCAAAAUGUACUUUUUGGGUGUCAGGGGAAAUGUAUGGAGUAAAAAGUACAUUUAGGAAUGUAGUGAAGUAAACAUAUAAAUAAAGGACAGAUACCCCAAAAACGUUUCACCCAAGGACUUCACACCACUUCAGUAAAUGUGUAUUUUACAUUUGUGAAAUUAUUUCGAUGUGAUAUGAAAGUGACAAGGGUUUAUGUUUCUAGAAAUGUAUGGCAGUUGAGAAUCUGAUUCAUGUUUAGAUGGAGAGUCUGUUUUGGCUUCCAGUCUCCCUCUGAAAAUAACAGAAGGGCCUUGGAGUAACAUUAGGCCCCUUUAGAGGGCAUCUUGGGCCAGAACUGGCCCUGUUGUUAAUCUGGCACCACCGUCCUCCACAUCUCAACCCUGGAAACAGCGUGAAACGAGGGGAGAGUCUGGACGCCGAGGCCCACCGUGAGACCGUUUGGACUACAGGUCACAAAGCUCCUCUGCUCUCCAGGAGCUGAACCUCUCUCCUGCUUCAGCAACACCUGGACGCUCUAUUCAUUUUAAACAAAAGUUUGUCCUUCUUCCUGUCUGUUUUGGUUGGUUUGAAGUGAGACUUCUUUGAAACAGACUGAUGAUGAUAACCAGUUUUGUCCUUUUCUUUCUGUACAAAGUUAUGGAUCUGCUAUUAUAUUUUUUGGUUCAGAUUAUGCCACAAUGUAAUAUUGAGAUUUUACAUUGUGCUUUUUUUUUGCUGUACAGAUGAACAUUUUGUCAAUUUAAUAAAAUUGUCUGCAGAUUUUUGCA